AUGGCCAGAGGUCGCCCUAGAGCCCAACAACCGCAACCCAUUCCACCCCCCGCCGACUCUGUAGACGCCGACAUCAAAGCGGAGCUGGAACGGCUCGAGGUCGAAGCCGAGUUAGACUCACUCGACCGAGAAUUCGAAGAAGACCGCCGCGCAACUCUCCGGGCGUUCACCACACCCGUGACUCAGUACCGUCUUUGGUUUACCAACCCCCGCAAUCUCGAGGUUGAGGUCGAUGAGGAGGAGGAUGGGGGGGAGGAGGAGGAGGAGGAAAGCGAUGACGAAAACGACGAGCGUCCGCCGCAUAGCACUAGUCAGCGCACCUUGGAAGAACGGCUCAGGUGGGAACUUGAAUACAUAGAUGAUCUGCUCGAACAGGACGAGGAUGCCGACCAGGAGAAUUUGUCGGUGCCGCGCGAACAGUGGAGGGCGGCAGACUUCGUCGAGGAAGACAUGGUGUACGCGACCAUCGACGUGCUCGUCUUGGACGCCCUAUGCCACCUGCAAACCGUGGAGAGGAACAGCACGCUGAGGCAGUACACCUCGUGGAUCUAUCACUACAAGAGGUGGGCGGCGAAGAUGUUGAGGCAAAUUCGCAACAAGCUUCCACAGGAGUACAGGCUUAAGCACGUCGACGAGAUAGGGCACUACAUCCGGGACAACAAGAAGAAAAACUGGGACCAAGAGGCCGAUGUCCCCCGGUCGUACGUGUGGCUGCACGGCCCUAGGGUCACCAAGUCCCGGCUUCGCGCAUACGUGAAGUACAUGGUUCGGGAGUUGAAUCUCGAUGCCGAGUCCAGCAAGGAGGGCGACAACGCCACAGGAACACAGCUUGUGCAAUCUACAACGGUGCACACGCUCCUCGGGCGCAUAAAGGCAUGCCAGAUGGCGGCGAGAGUGGAGACGACGAUAUACCGGGAGACGGAGCUGAGCAUCAUGCGAGAGAUAUCGGUGGUCAGGUCGGAGGUGCGGUUCAUGAUCCGCACCAAGAACGAGCGGGACAUCAAGAACUGCACCGAUCGGCGUCGCGGAACAAUCGGCGAUACCUACACCGCCGAGCAGUUCCGCCAGAUCAUGUUCAGGGUGCUGCCGACGUGGGCGGCCAAGGCGUGGAACCCGCGGGGUACGGGCCCGUCGCAGACGCUAUGGCGGUUUCUGCUGUUGAAGGUGCUCACGCUACUCUCCCACCACUCUCUUCUGCGCGGUGCAAGCAUCCGCGAGAUCACGCUCCCCGACAUAUUCUUGUACCGACUGGCGAGCACCUCGUCUGUGAACCCGGAGAACCAGCCGGUCGUCAUGGUCAUCGCUGCGCGGAACUCGAAGACGUCCAAGGAUGCGCGUCUGCAGCAGAGCUACGCUGCGCGGCACCUCGAAGCGGAGUUGUGCGCCGUCGGCGAGACGGGCCUGUGGUUGCACUUCAUCCUCGACCAGAUCGGCCAGUUUCACGGCGUCCGCCUCAUUCCGCCGGUGGACACCAGCACACGCGCGAGCUGGUACAAGAAGCACCUCUUCUUUGCCAAAAACGACACCGACCAAGGGGAGCUCUCUGCGGCAAGCCACCAACGCUGGACGCGGCAGUUGUGGGACAAAAACGGGGUCUUCUGCAAGAGGAACGUGCACGCCGCUCGAACCGGAGGGGCCCAGGAGCUGGCCAUCGACGGCACGCCGCGCGCCGAGAUCACGGAGCUGGGUCACUGGGCGCUCGACAAGAUGACGCGAGCGUACAUCACCGCCAUUCCGGUGGGGGUGGUGAUGAAGAAGGCCGGUUACUCUGGUUACAAGCAGGAAUACUUCUUGGGCCGGAGCAGGGUGGAGCCCUCCGAUAAGCUCUUGAAGCUCCUCGCCGAGCACAUCUUCCCCGGCGUCGACGACAUGCUGAAGACGCACUGGGCGAAACGGGUCGAGAGGGUUGACACCGAGACGAUCAAGAAGCGUCGGGACCCGACCCAAAUUCAGGCAGAGGAAAUCUCUGUCCGCAUGGACACCGAGUACUACAACAUAUCCCUCAAGGCGAAGCUGACGAAGGAGAUAGAGCGUGCCGCGAACGAGAAGAUUGACUUCCUGGAGGAGCUCGAGAAGCGCGACGACACCAUCGCGUCUCUCACCGCCGAGAUAACCCAUCUCACCAAGGCACUCCGUGUGUCAGAAGCACGGAGAGUGCCGGAGGCCCCGCCGUGUGCUACCGCGCAAGCUCCCAGCGAGGGUGGCUCGGCGGAUUCGGCCAACAUGGGAGCCGGCGCCGACGGAGGGGACGACAAACCCCCGCCACCCCCACAGACGUACAAGGAGGCUAGUUACGAGCUCAACGUGGUACAACCGUGGCGGGAGGCCAAGACCGUGAGGGACGCCUGGCGCCUCUGGAACUCCGCCACCGCUAAUGACACCCGUCGGCUUUGCGACAGGAUCGCCGAGCCGGGGUUCAUCGACCGCCAUACCCUCCUCGCCGGCGCUACGCAGGGUGCACUCAACAAGAGGGUGCGCCGCAUGCUGAAGGUCAUGGAUGCGGAUCGCGGCAUCGGGCAUCGGGACCUUCGCCGAUGCCCUCACGGUGCUCAAACCGGGAACGGCACCGAUGUUGUCCAAAGAGCCUGGUUUGGGAGUCAAGAGCUACGCCUUGCCUGUGCGCUUGUGGCGCUCAACCUGAAGCAGAGUGAUUGGGUCGAAACCCUGUUUCCAGACACGUGGGAGGAGCAGAUGCCGAAGACCAAGGCCGACCUGGCGAAGCCGACGGCCCCGGCCAAGUCGACAGCACCGGCCAAGCCGACCGCUCCGGUGCACCGUCCUCCGACCAAGCGCAAGAAGUCGGCAUGA